ACUAGUUUAGCAGCACAUUGCAAUUGAACGAGAAUACUGCUUCACACACAUUUUGUGCACAGCUUCUAACACGGAACCCAAAUCGGCUGCGCGCAAGCACCAUCGUGCAUAAAGGUAUUUUGUCCCCCCACACCAAACGCGAUCACAACGCGCAGGUUAAAAUAUCAAAACAAACUCUGAACCAAUUGCAUUAAUUUGGGGACAGGUCGAAAAGCAUUAAACAUGUAUGGCAAUUUAGCUAGCUAGCUUGCGCAUGUUAGCUAAUUUGUCAUAUUUAGCUAGCUUGCUGUUGCUAGUUAAUUUGUCCUGGGCUAUAAACAUUGAGUUGUUAUUUUACCUGAAAUGCACAAGGUCCUCUACUCCGACAAUUGAUCUACACAUAAAACGGUAAACCGAAUCUUUUCUAGUCAUCUCUCCUCCUUCCAGGCUUUUUCAUCUUUGAACUUAUAUGGUGAUUGGCAUCUAAACUUUCAUAGUAUUACCACAACGACCGGCAAAACAGUUCAUCUUUCAAUCACCCACGUGGGUAUAAGCAAUGAGGAGAUGGCACGUGGGUACCUGCUUCUAUAAACCAAUGAGGAGAUGGGAGAGGCAGGACUCGCAGUGCGAUCUGCGUCAGAAAUAGGAAUAACUUCUAUUUUAGGCCUUGGCAACGCAGAAGCUCGUUGGUGCAAUAAUUGAAUAACAUGGAUUUCUACAUUUACUUUGCAACGCUAGCGCACGCGACGUGUCCAGUCUGGUCAUGUAAUGCCACAUAUCAAAUGAUCAUGACUGAAACAUGAGUGAUUCUAAUCACACCAUAUAAUUCAAAAGGCUUUAUUGGCAUGGGAAACACAUUUUGUACAUUGCCAAAGCAAGUGAAAUACAGUAGAUAAAAUAAAAGUGAAAUAAACAAUAAAAUAUUAACAGUAAACAUUACACUAACAAAAGUAUCAGAAGAAUAGAGCCAUUUCAAAUGUCAUAGUAUGGCUAUGCACAGUUAUAACGAUGUGCAAAUAGUUACAGUACAAAAGGGAAAAUAAAUAAACAUACUGUAAAUAUGUGUUGUAUUUAUAAUGGUGUUUUUUCUUCACUGGUUGCCCUUUUCUUGUGGCAACAGGUCACAAAUCUUGCUGCUGUGAUGGCAAACUGUGGUAUUUCACCCAAUACAUUUGGGAGUUCAAAUUCUUUGUGGGUCUGUGUAAUCUGAGGGAAAUAUGGGUCUCUGAUAUGGUCAUACAUUUGGCAGGAGGUUAGGAAGUGCAGCUUAGUUUCCACCUCAUUUUGUGUGCAUCAUUUAUGGGCUUCUCUCUAAUGUUAAACAAAGUGGCGGGUCAUUUUUGACCAUUAAGACAACAAGGGUUAAGCUUUCUGCCAAUAUCAGAUAUGUCUAUGUCCUGGGAAAUGUUCUUGUUACUUACAACCUCAUGCUAAUCGCAUUAGCCUAUGUUAGCUCAACCGUCCCGUGGAUGGGACACCGAUCCCGAAGAAGUUUUAAAAAGAUAAGAGUAGAUUACUACUGAAAUAGAUAGGCCUAAAUGGGCUGCCAACUGAGCCAGAAAUUUCCCCCCAAAAAUGCCUCUAAAAUACAACAUUGGAAUUAUAUUUAGCAUAAAUUUAGUGUACAUAAAUAAUUAGCCUAAAUGUAAGUGCAGCCUAGGUUGUGUAUUGGCUACAGCCUCAUGUCCACACCGAUGCUGACAUGAGGGAGGCAACAGAAAAUAUAGCCAAACAGACUUUUAAUUAAAUAAAUAUCGGCUAAACGCCAGUUAUGUGUGACAACUAUAAUGUAGGAUAAUUAACAUUAAAUCACUAUGAAUGACCUAUAAGUCCUAGAGUAGACCCAUCCUAGCAUUAAAAAAAAAAUACAAUUGGGAUGGUGAUGAAAAAGGUUAGUCUUGAGCCCUGCUAACAUUGGCCAGAAAGUUUAAGUCAAAGGAAAACGAGAGCGGUGAGGACAGAGAGGAACCGAUUAACUCCAUUACUGACUAUCAAAUUAUAAUACUAGUGAAUGAUUCAUUAAUAGUAGAAUUAAACUCCCUUGAUGUACUGGAUUCAUGAUGGAUCUCUCUUUCCUUUCCAUCUUGCUCCAGAGGGAUGGAUGACUGGGACAUCAGGCUGCAGCCACACAUUACUUUCCUUUUUUGUUUUAUAAAAGCCAAAAAUAAUACUGUUGGGGCUUUUCGAUUUUGUACUCCAGUUGAUAAUACAAUUAUCUUCAUCAGUUUACUAAGAACAGGCAGCAAACUGAUUGGGCAGCUUUUAGGCAGUGGGAUUAGUUUAGCUUCCUUCCACAACUGUGAACAAACACACUCAUUUUGGCUUUGGUUAAAGAUACAGCAAAUGGGGGAGGGGGCAAUACAGUCUGCUACCAUUCUCAAUAGUUUCCCAUCAAGGUUGUCUAUUCCUGGUGGCUUAUUGUUAUUCAUGAUAACAAUAGCCUACCACCUCUCCCACAUGGACUUGACCAAAUUUAAAACAGCAAUCCUUCCCUUUCAUUAUAAGGGUUCACUUUUCAAUGUUGUCAUUUCACUUGAGUUUUUCUGCUUUACUAUUGAAAGUCAUUGAAAUAAUUGGCAAUAUCAGAAGGUUUGGUUAUAAAUGAACCAUCAACUUCAAUGAACAUUGGAGCUUAAAUUGGGUUUUCUGCCCUUGAUAUCAUUUAAGGUAGUCCAAAGUAUUUUUCCAUUUCUUUAUGUCAUUUAUCUUGGCUUACAAAUACCCCCAGUGCUGCAUCUGGAUUCCCUUCCUCAUACACAUUAGACCAACAUUAAUGAUUUACAUCUUCAACAAAAGAGUCAUGAGAAAACAUUUUGUAUGAUCUCUUAUAAACUACGUUAGGCCCACCCUUUGGCUUUUCUUGUUAUUGCCACAAGGUUAUGGUCACUACAGCCAAUGGGAACUGAUCCAAAUACUGACUUAGCACUUGGCAGCCUAUAGCAGCACCCCAAAACAAAAGGCUUUAGAUGAGGCAGGUGAACUUGCAACCACAACACUUCAACAUAAGGUCCUCUAAGCUUUACAGGAAUAUGUAUCUUAACAUAUACAGCAAGACCUCCCCCAUAAGAAUUCCUGUAGAUGUUAUGUCCUUGUAUUGCUACUGCUAUAUAAAAGGAAUUAUCUAAGUAAGUUUCAGAGAUGGCCAUUGUGUGAAUGUUAUCCGAUGUUAGCAAGUUAUCGAUUUCAUGAACCUUAUUUUUAAAGCUACAUAUAUUAAUAUGGGCUAUUCUUAGCCCUUAGGUAGCUCACCCAAAAAUAAACAUUCUUUAGCUUAUAGAGUCAGUCAAUCAGGGACUUGUGUGAGUUGGUGUGUGUGAUGUGCUGAAGCUACUGACCCAGAAGUGUGGCUCUCACUCCUCCCAGGCUUUUGAGAGGGAGGGUGGACAAUGAGCUUUUCGUAGAAGAUGUAAGCAAUGUCCUCGUGAUCUCUGGCAACUUUCAUAGCUGGGAUAAGUUCUUUCUGCACAUCUUCAUUGAGGAAGAUGGUUCCUCUCAAGUUCUUGCCUCUCUCCAGAACAACCGUCUUGUCCUUGAACCUGACAACUAUUGGCCUGGGUCUGUCACCUGGGCUGGUUACAGGUUUUCCAGACCUGUGGAGAGUCUGGUAACAGUGUUACUCCUCCUGGGUUGUCCCUCUAGACAAGUCUGUUUUCCCAGUCAUCUGUAAUAAUAAUUCACAGACAGUGCUUAUGUCAUCUUGCUGCACGUUUCUUUCAGGACAUGCACCUCUACCUGGGAGAACUCUGAACUGUUCUUAGGUCUUGGACCUAUCUGGUCAGAUCAUCCAUUAUUUUGUUAGUUGAGCCCAGCAGUAUUUGAACAAAGAUAAGUUCGAUCCCAGGUCAACACACAGACAAUGUUUAAUAAGAGUUUAGAUACCCUUUACUUGAGGCCUCAGGGGUUUACAAAAGUUCAGCAAACAAACGGCCCACACAAACACUCAGUCCUAUGAUUAAAUCCUGGCUGCUGCUAAGGUAGAACAAAAAUGAGCACCACCACUGUGCAUUGUCCAUCCAUUGGGUGUCCACUUGUAUAUUUUUUUUAGGGGGUAGAUUGCCCGUCGCAUCACUCUGUCAUUGGUACAUGCUGCCUCGCCACUGGCACAAAGACCAGAGCAGGGGUGAGAGGCCAGCAUUCUCUCUGUAGAACUUAAUCUUCAUUCACUCAGUUCAGGAAAGACCGUCUGGGCUCUGUCCUCCAUCGCCCCUCUAGGUGACAGCAUGGCUCUGUUGCGGUCGUCUAGCGGUGGCAUGGCAGCAGUCUCGGUAAUAAUGGAUGUUCUCAACAUCAGAAGAAGGGCUGAAGUGAGCUGGGAGCACCUUUUUGUACAGGGAACAUGGCUCCUUAAGGGCAUUAGGCUCAGGUGUGUAAAUUAGGGGUAUGCCGAUCCCCAUGGAGACCAGCCAAAUGGGAGGACACUAUAAUUAGGAGACACACAAAAGAAUGGCACAGAACACCAAGGAAAGCAAAGGCUAAAAUAAUGUAUGCCAAUAAAGAUAGUAGAUGUAGAAUAAAGAUCCCUGCAAACUCAAAAUAAAUAAACACAAAAUGGGCUGGUCUCCAGUUAGGGGGAAACAAGGGUGAGCAACACGUGUCAGCUAUUUUCCUGUUGCUGUGACAAUUGUUUGUAGACAUAUUUUUGUUGAUUUAAAAGAUCACUCACCUGUGAUAGCGAAACACUGUCCCCUCCGUUACUCCAACCUUCUUUAACUUUGGGCGGCAUGGUGGUAGUAACGUAGACUAACACUGGUACUCCACGCAAUACCAGCCAGCACAGCUCGCAGGGCCAAUGGAAACAGCAACAAACAGCAGAGAUUCAACAGCUACAAGUCUGGGACUAUCCACGGUAGCGGGUUGUGUUCAAACUGACAAGGAAACCUGGCUAGCUUGCUAGCUAGCAGCUAGGCUAGCUGCUUUGCCAAGCACCAGCUCUUCAGACUUUAUGGUUUGGCAGUGUCCUGGGAAAGAUAGUAGUUUUUUCAAGGAAAAAUCUUUUCAGAAACAUUCAAAACAGCAAACUGAGCGCUCUCUUGUUCCGCAUUCAGCAUGCGUUGCACUCUGAUGAAGUCCGUACUGUCUCCCCACUGUCUAGCCAACUGGAAUCAAUUGAGAACAGCACUUUGUCCUUGCUGUAGGCCUGUUUUUUUUUACAGGUUGUCAGUAACUGUCUGUAUCUUCUUACAGACGGCCAUAGAUGGGUAAGGCUUAAUUUGCUUUUCUUACAAAUUUUAAUUCAGGUAUGAAAAAACUGUGAUUGUCAUUGACUGUGUGUGUGUUUGAGAGAGAGAGAGAGAGGCUUUAGCCACAUAUUGCUGAUACUUAUGUUGCACUUAUGUUGCUUCUAUCAAUACAGAGGUAGUAUCACAUCGGGCUGAGCACAGGCCUAGGUACUUAUGCUCUGAUCAUGGCAGCAGCAAAAGCCAUGAAGACUGUGGAAGUGAUGAUUGCAUGGCAAUUUUCUGGACUGGUUGCACUGUUGGGCUUCCUAGUACUUGGACUGUCUUUUUAUCCAUCUCAUGUGGCAUUAUCUUUGGAGCUGGAGCUAUGUUACUGGUCAUGAGAACAAGAGUCGGAUCAGCUGUAGAGAUGGGUUUAACUGGUCUGGUAAAUGGCAAUGGGAUCCAGAAUAGGGGAGCAGUACUAGAAUCUACUUUGAUGAAAGUGGGACCAAAGGGGCUUUGUGUCAUGGGACUGAUUCUCAGCUUCUCCUUAUUACCCUUGAGACGGCAAAUAAAGAGGCCAACGACAACUACUCAGAUUGGACUGUUGCUGUUAUUCAAGGCUGUGGCAUUCAUGACUAUGCGUAUAGGAGUUUGGCUGGUAGUGUUUACAAGGUCUGCUGGGGGUGUCCUGCCUUCCAUUCCUUUAGCAGGCAUUUUUCUGUUACCUAUAGCUGGUCAUCUGACCUUUUUGGCAGAGAUUAUCUUGGGGAAACCAAGUACAGUUGCAGGGAAUUGAGCCCUGUGUGGACAGUUUGUCGGUUUGGCAGUAUUCCUGUUCGGACUGAGUGCUGAGGAAGGCAGUCACCCUCAGUUUGAAACAUCCAUGACACAAGGGUUAAUACUGCAGUGAUGCUAGUUAGGGUGGUUGGCUCUGUUCUGGGGGCAGUUUCAGUUACUUCCAUGGAGGCAGACAGCUGGCUGGGUGAGUUUAUCUCUUAUGAAGGUUGUGGUGCUCAACAACAUACAGGUGGAUAUGUCACUGGUCGGCCAUGAAGGAGACUCAUACCUUAUUACUGGAAGAGCGAUAGGCGAUAGGGCAUGGCUGGGGCAUCGGGGGUGUCUCUAGAAGCAGUUGUUAUGGUCGUAUGGGAAACAACAUUCAUAGAUGGGACUUGGGCUGGCAGUUUUUGGGUCAGUGAUUGGCACCAUUUUGGGAGACCUAACAGUGACAUUGAGCAAAGUAGAUACAGCUCUGGUGCGAACGCUAGCCUUGCCAAUACUAGCGUUUGCUUGGAUGAGGAGAACAUAGUUCAGCUGCCUUGGCUUUAGCGGCAUUAGGGGCUAUGGUGCUGGGAGCAGCAGAACUACUAACAACUGAACUGGGGUCAGCUGGCUGGACUGGAAAUAUACUGUUUACAACCAUUCGUAUUGGAUGUCACUGGAUGUCACUCUGAUCAUGCUCCCUCAAAAACUAUUUCUGAGUCUAAUUCGUCAAAGUGUACUUAUACAAUGACAAAUAUGUUGUCAUUUGAGCUGCCUUCUUUUAUUCAAACCCAUUUAGACAACUGCACAGGCACUUGAACUCUAUUACACUUAUGAAAGAAAGCAAUUGAUGAAUAAAGAUUAAUACAUUACUACUAUAUCUUUAUCUCAUUUUACCUUCACACACCAGUAGGGUGUGGAUGAAUGACAGGACAGGGGCAGGGAGGAGUCAUGGCAGAUGCCAGACAAAGGAAGAACAGCGAUGCUCUUGUGAGUGUUGAUAGUCAUUUGAUGUAGUAGAGAUCCUGGAGAUUAGUAUGAACAGAAUGAUGGGAGAAUUCGUGGAACAGUUAAUGGGUAUAUCCUGUUCUAGUCAGCCUCUCAAAUAGGGAGCAGAGGAGUACUUCACCUGUAUUACACACAGACAGAGCUAGAGUCUCACCUGAGACAAAGGGCUGGAGGAGAGGCUGCACUGUAAUCGCUGGAAGAAGAGGGAACUCAUCUACUGUACACUGAGCUUCCUGUAUCAUCAUGGUUCCAUCAAGGCUGAAGGCCAGGAGCCCCAUGUUGGAAGCAGUUCUGGGCUUUGUCCUGGGAGUGGUGGGAGGCUGUGUGCUGGGGGCCACUGAGGAGCCAGUGAAUGAGGCUAUGUCAGUGAUGACCUCAGGGGCCCUGCUUAAGCAUGUGUCUGACGGAGUCCAGACUGUGGGGCCCUUGGGACUGGGUACCCUCCUGGGAGCAACGGCACUAACCACAGUCAUGACUUCAGUGGUGGCUGGAGUCAUAUUCGCAGUGGCUAUGGCUUCCGUAUUGCUGGGUGCCAGGAGCAGUGGUGGUGGAGCAUCCCAGGCAGAAUCUGUGGUUGUGUGGAUCGCAGUUGGACUGGCUGGCGCUUUCGGGACCACAGCCAGUGGAGCAACACUUGGAGUCAUCAUUGAGGCAGUCGUGGAGGGCUCAGGGUUGGUGGGACUUCUCUUGGCACUGAGCAUAUUCACCCUGCUCAAACCUGCUUUGCACUUCCUUCUCAAGUUCAUAUGGAGACAAGGAGAGUCCUGUGUCCGCCUGGGACAGAGCUCUCUGGAGGCCAGGGAGAGAGAGCUAAGAGAGAUGGAGGCGAGGGAGGUGAAGAAGAGAGACAGAGUGACAGUGGAGAUUGAGCAGAUGAUUGUCACAUUGGACAAGGAAGGACAGAGGACAGAGGGCCUGGAGCAUAGAGCAAACUGGGAGGCACAGCGCAGAGAGAGAAAUGAGAUGGGGAGAAAGAGGAGAGAAUGGACGGAGGAGGUAAAUGAGCAAAGGACCAUUCAAGAGCAGAUCAACAAAGUGGUAGUGAAAUACAUGGAUUUCCUGGCAUUUUCAGGUAUACCCAUGACUAUGACCGCCAUGGUCACAGCAGGAUUUGGGGUGUUUGGAUUCGGGGACUACCGGUUUGUGUUUGUGGUCCUUUUAGCUUUGGUCCUGUUCAUGUCCUUCAUGUUCAUGAAAUCAUCAAAUUUUUACUUCUGGAUGUUCGCAGGGUGCAUGGGAAUGUUUGCCACGUUUGCCAUAGCGGUGCUCACUGUGCACGCACAUCAGGAAGUGGUGUCGGAAUCUAUCAAAAUGCGCAGGGUUGGUCAGGAUAUAUCAAGAGGGAACAUUAGCACCCAGAUGAACCACAGAUCUUCUCUAGAGGCCUUGGGCGCAGGAUUUUUUGUGUCAAAGCUAUAUCAGCUAGGCUUAGGGGCUACCAUAGGAGGCCCUUUGGGCAGGGGGGAAGAUAAGGGGAAGGUUAUCGUAGGAUCAGCUGGGUUGGCAGUGGUCAUUCUGAUAGUAGUGAGGGUCUCUUCCCCUGUAGUGCUGGGAGCGGGAGGGACCUCAGGGGCACUGUUAGGGGUGGUAGGGGCAGCAGGGGUGUCUGUUGGGGCCACAGCAUCAGUGGCAGUGGGGUGGUCCACAUGGGCAGGUACGCUAGGGACUACAGCAGGGAUGGUUUUAGGAGCGUUGGCGAUGGGUAAGUGGCACUUUGUCAACAUUGGAUUGCAGAUGCCGGUGGCUUAUAUCUUUUCUAUGACCGAUCUUUUUUGACAGAGCAUCAAACAGGAGAAUGAGAUAUGGUUUUGUGGCUUUGUGGCAUGUCGCAAUCAUGAGCAAUGCAGUAUAACCUGUUUCAUGCCAGCAUACCCACUUGUCUCGAUAAGCUAAUCAAACAACCUAUCAAAAAGUCACGCUCAGGCAUUUAUUUUUUAUUUUUUAUCAAAUGCUUCUUGUCAAGCAAAAACGAUAACGUUUAACAAUUGUACACCACUUAAUUUCAUCCUUGAUUGUAAUGAUUAAUUAAUGUGUUAACGUUUUAAUUGAAUGUAAGUGAAAAUAGAGAAAUGCCUCUUAAUAAAUGUCAUUUUUAAGAUGAAAAAGUAAUUACACUUCUCAAAUAGCCUACUGAAGUGAAACAUUGUUAGUUGUUGUCAAAGUAAUCGAAUGCACGUAUCGCUACAGUAACAGAACCAGUCUAUUGAAAAGCAGAAGGGAAAACACCAGCUGAAUGUCUAUACUUCAUGAAAGUACAGAGAUAAAGAUGCAACUCCUCCGUCACACACUGGUUCCUCAGAAGGGUUCCAGUGAUGGGUUCCCUCUGGCUCAAUGCUGGACCUGGCAGACGUACUUCUCUCCAGACUCCCAGGUAGAGUGGGGUAAAGUAAGAGUGCUGCUUGUGCUGUAAGUCCCAUCAGGAAUACGUAUAGACUGGCUGUCCUGUUGGUCUCCGGAGACACCCUUCCCAUCCAUUGUCCAACUCACAGUGACCUGAUCAGGGUAGAAGUUGUUGAUCAGACACAGCAGCCUGAUCUGACCACGAGUUCUGGUCAGGCCCUUACCAGUUGGGACACUGACCUGAGCGGCGGCUGUGGCAUGACCUGUGGAAAAUAUAUUCAUGAAUAAAUGGAAAUGCAAAGCAUCAGCAUCUGGUAGUAUACUACAUUAUGGUAAUUAAAAACAUAUUUAAAACAAUUCUCUUGGAAUUAAAAAGGUUAGAUAUUAUACAACCUGAAAAUCAAACUAGCAAGUGUUUAAUCCUUAAGAGUCGAUUAAUGAACAUAAUACAAAAUCCCCAUCAAAAAUCUGUUUAAUCAAGAGAUAUGUUUCUGCAUGGGCUGCAUCUCAAUCCACCGCAUCCGCCUGUGCUGGCCUUCCUCAUCUGCGGUGGAAAGUGGCAGAGCUACAGUACAGCGCUGUUUGUCAGACCAGGAGACCUCCCGAAAAUCAGUCUUCUCAUGAAAACAUUUGUAGCAUCCGAACGCUUUAACCACUCUUUGGAAUGGGGAGACUCCCACGAACACGAUGGUGUUCUCCAUUUUGCUCUACGACCCCCACUAGUGUCACAGAACUCGUCGGGAGGGAACCCGGGACUUAAAUAUAGUUAAAAAUAGUAUUUAUAUUAUUUAAAUAGUUAAAUAUGUGUCCAAAAAUAUAUAUAUUUCCUGAGCUUUCUUAUAUCUUCUAGAUAUUGGACAGACACUUCAAAACCUUAUUCCUUAUUAUAAUUUUUUUGUUUUGCCAUUCUAUGCAUUUCUAUGGGCUAUAGUAGUAAAGGCCAAAUUCUAUAUUUUAUCAAACAUUUAAAAUGUUGAUACCUACAGGGGUCCUAAAAUUCAAUAUCAAAUAGCUAAAUGAUCCAUGGUAUGACCAUCUUAAAACAAUUCCAUAUGUUACCUUAUACCUUAGUAGAACACCCCCCCCCCCCUCUCCUUUAGUAUUUCCAUAGCCUCCAGCAUAAACAGAUUGAAAUAUGUAUAAAUGCAGAUAGACAAUAUGAAUACAUCUAUUCUUGAUUUACAUAAUAACAUAUUUUGUACAUUUGUAAAAUACAAUAUAAUUAAGAAAAAUAUUGGUAACACUUUAUUAUAAUAACUAUCAUGAAUAGAUGUGUAAACAUUUUAUAAGCAUUCUAAGCCUCCCAUUCCAUAAUAAUUUAGAACAUUUAUUAUCAUUUUUAAAGCAUUUAUAAGCAUUUAUGAAGGCUUCAUGAAAUUUAUAAUAUGAUAGGAUGAAAUAAAGUGUUACCAAAACAUUAGAUUUAUGAAAUUGAUUGAAUAAAGAAAAUCAUUAAACAGCGUACACAACUGCAGUGUUUUGAUGGAUCCAUUCCAAUUCAGCAGCAUAGAGAGGCCAAUAUCAAAAUGAAAAUGUCUCUGAAAGAAUAACAAGCCCUUGUUUUUUAUGAAAAUAGUUGUUUGUUACAGUAAAAUAUCUGUUCACAAUUACACCAUGAUGGUUCCACUUACAAUAAUAACAGAAAUGUCUAUAAACAAUAUAGUUUAUUGAUUAGAAACAUUGUAUAAAUAUUUGCAACUUACUCUUAACGGUCCGUUUGGUCGUUUGCCCAAACAUGUACCACAGUGAUUUAAACAGAUGAGGAGGUUCAAAAACCUCUCUCCACUAAAAUCACUGGACCAUGAAUGGCACUAGUUGGUAGAAUUUCAAAACAAAUAUCAACCACGACAGUAUCAUACAAAUUAUCCAUCAUUUAAUGUAACUAUUCAAUUGUUUAUCAUCAUUUUUUACAACUCUUUUCAGUGAGAGAGAUUAUAUUUCUAUUGAUUUGUUAUAAACUAUGAACAAUCUUACAGUGGGAGUUAAGGAUUUGUUUUCAAAUAGUUUUACUCAAUAACAUUACAAUUUCAAACAUGAAUCCUUAUCUUACUGAUCAAUCCAGUGGAUGUAUAUUUGUGUACACAAAUAGCUCAUUACAGUUGAAAGAUUUGGCACCAGGAAUCAUCCCAUACUGAUCAUGUCAUCACAGUGAUUCCUAGCCUGGUCCCAUUUCUCAAUUCAAUAUCCAUUAAUGUAAAUUUAAAAAAUCACAACAGCCUUUAUUCCAGGAUCAGCUGUAUCAUGUCCCAGGUAACAUGGGACUUUAUAGCUCCUGCAUAAGGAGUCUGAGAGGUUGUCCAUGUACAGUAGAUAUGUCAUUAUUGAUGGAAGCAAAAUAUCCAGAAACAACAUGUUUUCAAUGAGGAAAUGUAGAUCCCAAAUGUCCAUAUGACCUCUAACACAUACGAGAAAGGCUGUUUUGACCGAAUGUAGAGUCUAGUGUAAACCGAGGUUACAAGCAUGGAACAGUUUUUCAAUGAAGCUAAACUGUGCACUGGAGCUCGCCAACAUUCUCUUAUGAGAACGGUGAUCUGAGGUUUAUGUACAGCUGUAUUUCACUGUGUGGAUGGAAAUGUUUCACUGUGUUGACAGUAAUACUAACUUCGUCCUCUGCUUAACCUCCACUGAUAGUGAAGGUGGUGUGAGCUCCAGUAUAGGAGCCACCAAACUGACCCGGGUGAGCAUAAAUACCUCUGGUUACCAUCAUAAAAAGAGUUUUGGGUGCCUGUCCAGGUUUAAACUGGUGCACCUCCAUAUCAUUGCCAAUGUCUUGUGAGGCUCUACAGAGAAUUUGCACAGUGUCUCCAGGCUGGACAGAGGGGACUGGUACACUGUGAUUAUGUCCCAUGAACCUGCAAUCAGGACACAUUAGGACAAUACAGACAUUGUCACUCUACAAGAAACAUGGUAUAGAGGAGACGGACCCACUGGUUGCCCUCUCGGUUACAAAGAGCUGGUAGUCCCAUCCACCAAACUACCAGGUGUGAAACAGGGAAGAGACUCAAGGGAGUAUGCUAAUUUGGUAUAGAGCAGACCUAACCCACUAUUGAAUUAGUCCAAACAAGAACAUUUUACUUCCAGCUCAAAAUUAAUAAGGAAAUUAUCUCAACAGAGACAAAUGUCCUCAUGUGUGCUACCUAUAUCCCCCCAAUAGAAUCAUCAUACUUUAACAAUGACAACUUAAUUGGGAGAUGUACUAGUCUGUGGUGACCUAAAUGCCAGAACUGGACAAGAACCUGACACUCUCAGCACACGGGGACAAAUACCUCCCUGGAGGUGACAGUAUUCCCUCCCAAAUAUGCCCCCCAUAGACACAACUAUGACAAAACAACCAACAAAAACGGGUCACAACUCCUGCAGCUCUGUCGCAUGCUGGGUCUGUACAUAGUCAAUAGUAGGCUUCAAGGAGUCUCCAUUGGUAGGUACAUCUACAGCUCAUUCCUUGGCAGUAGUACUGUAGAUUACUUUAUCACUGACCUCAAACCAGAGUCUCUCAGAGCAUUCACAGUCAGCCCACUGAAACCCCCAUUGCAGCAAAAUCACAGUCUAAUUGAACAGAGCAAUACUCUAUCAUGAGGCAUCAAAGCAAAAGGAACUGCUCAAUAUUAAUGCUAUAGAUGGAAGGAAAGUAGUGUAGAAACCUACCAAAAAACUAUUAGGCAAGAACAAAAUCAAUCCCUUUUAGAAAACUUCCUGGACAAAACAUUUCACUGUAAUAGUAAAGGUGUAAACCUGGCUGUAGAACGUCUAAACAGUAUAUUUAACAUUUCAGCUUUCCUAUCACAUAAAAAAAUGUCAAGGAGACAACCUAAGAAAAUUAAAAACAAUGACAAAUGGUUUGAUGAAUAAUGCAAAAACCUAAGAAUGAAAUUAAGAAACCUAUUUAACCAAAAACAUAGAGACCCAGAAAACCUGAGUCUACGCCUUGACUAUGGUGAAUCACUAAAACAACACAAAAAUACACUACGGAAAAAUCAGGAACAGCACGUAAGAAACCUUCCGCACAGACACCAGACGUUUUUUAAAGCCUGGAUAAUACUUGCCAGCUUACCAGUAUCGGACUGUUUUCUCCACUACAACGCCGGAUUCCUGCCGUAAGCCCUGGACCUAUAUUCCUGAUCAACACAGCUAGCUAGCUGUCACCGAGUGACCCAGCCUCGAAGCUAGCCCUGAGCCAGGCCCACCUCCCGGCCUACUCAGUGAUCACUCGGCUACACAGCUGAUGCCUCCUGGACUCUACCCCAACACGGCUAGAAUCCACUACUCCACCGGAUCCUUGCCAUAAGCUCUGGACCUUUGCAUCGGAUCAUCGCUGCUAGUUAGCUGCUACGGAGUGGCUAUAGUGGCUAACACCCUUGCCCCAAAGCUAGCACCAGUUAGCCGCGAGCCAGGCGCAUCUCCCGGCUAACAAGCUAAAUUACUACAACUACAAUACCCCUUUCGCCAUCUGGCCUGAACCCUUUGUCGACACGGCGCCCCGCCGUACCACCACGACUGGUCUGCCGACGGAAUUCCAUCUGCUGUGCCCUCAACCGGCCAUUGCCGGACAUCGGAACAGACGCUUCUACUAACCCCGGCCUGCUAACUUUAAACGCUGUGUCUCCCGCGUGCUAGCGUAGUAACAACUACCCUGCGGCUUCCCUGUUCCAUCUAUUGCUGUUCACUGGACCGUAUGAUUACUUGGCUAUGUAGCUGAUGCCUGCUGGACUGUUCAUUAAUCACGGUACUCCAUUUUGUUUAUUUUUUUGUUUAUCUGUUGGCCCCAGCCUCGAACUCAGGCCCUGUAUGUAGUUAACCAACCUUCUCUGCCCAUUCAUCGCCAUUUUACCUGUUGUUGUUGUCUUAGCUGAUUAGCUGUUGUUGUCUUACCCGUUGUUGUCUUAGCUAGCUCUCCCAAUCAACACCUGUGAUUGCUUUAGGCCUCGCUUUGUCUCUCUCAAAUGUCAAUAUGCCUUGUAUACUGUUGUUUAGGAUAGUUAUCAUUGUUUUAGUUUACUGCGGAGCCCCUAGUCCCACUCAACAUGCCUCAGAUACCUCCUUUGUCCACCUCCCACACAUGCGGUGACCGCACCCAGCAUAACUAGCGCGUCCAGAGAUACAACCUCUCUUAUCAUCACUCAGUGCCUGGGUUUACCUUCACUGUACCCUCACCCCACCAUACCCCUGUCUGUACAUUAUGCACUGAAUCUAUUCUACCACAACUAGAAAUCUGCUCCUUUUAUUCUCUGUCCCCAACGCACUAGACAACCAGUUUUGAUAGCCUUUAGCCGUACCCUCAUCCUACUCCCUCCUCUGUUCCUCGGGUGAUAUGGAGGUUAAUCCAGGCCCUGCAUGUCCCCAGGCACUCUCAUUUGUUGACUUCUGUAACCGAAAAAGCCUUGGUUUCAUGCAUGUUAACAUCAGAUGCCUCCUCCCUAAGUGUCACGUUCCUGACCUUAUUUCCUUUGUUUUGUCUUUGGUUGGUCAGGACGUGAGCUGGGUGGGCAUUCUAUGUUAUGUGUUUCUAUGUUGGGUUCAUUUUCAAUUAGCCUGAUAUGGUUCUCAAUCAGGGGCAGGUGUUUUACGUUUCCUCUGAUUGAGAACCAUAUUAAGGUAGACUGUUCUCACUGUUUGUUUGUGGGUGAUUGUUCCUGUGUCAGUGUUUGUGCCAAAUGGGACUGUUUUGUUCGUUCGUUCGUUCGUGUGUACGUUCCUGUUCGUGCGUUCUUGUUUAAUGUUCUCAAGUACAGGUCUGUUCACGUCGUUUUGUUAUUUUGUCAAGUGUUCUUCGUGUUCGUCUUUCUUUAAUAAAUAAUUAUCUAUU